AGACCAUGACAGCGAUCGCCUAUAAAAACCCAGCCCUCUAUCAACGAUCCAAUCAUUCAGAGUCCACAACUCAUUCAGCCAUGAAGGUACUUGCUAUCACCUUGUUCGCUUUGCUGGCGACCAGCGCCCAAGCUGGCAAACUGACCGAUGUCCUAGCCAAGAUUGUGCCAAGCUUCCCCAGCGGAGCCGUAAUCAACGGCACCGAAGCUGAUCCUCAUGCCGCACCCUACAUCGUCUCACUGGCCACCAACUUCGACAGGCACUCACACAUCUGCGGUGGCACUAUCAUCUCAAAGGAUUGGAUCAUCACGGCUGCACAUUGCGUCUCCAACCCCGUUGGCAUGAGCGUCAUUGCUGGUCUCCACAAGCGCGCUGAAGUCGAUGAGCGCACUCAGCAGCGUCAGAUUGAUUUCGGUCGUAUCCACGAGCAGUACACCGGUGGAGUUGGACCCUUCGAUAUUGCCAUCUUGCACGUGAGUGAGUCCUUCGAAUUCAACAAGUGGGUGAAGCCAGCUACGCUUCCCAGUGCCAACGAGAUCAACGAGGGAGAGAUCCAUCUGUAUGGCUGGGGCCAACCCAAGUCUUACAUCCUCACCGCCUCCAAGGCUCUAAUGACUGUGACCACCCAGAUUGUUCCUCAUGAGCAGUGCGUGGAGAUACUGCCCGAUGAUGCUCCAUUGGCUGAGACCAAUGUCUGCUCGGCCUCCCUGCAGCAGAGCAUCUCUGCUUGCCAGGGUGACUCUGGCGGUCCAUUGGUUAUUGAGCGUGAAGAUACUCCCGCUCAGGUGAUUGGCAUUGUAUCCUGGGUCUACAUUCCCUGCGGUUUGGCCAACCUACCAUCGGUUCACACCCGCGUCUCUGCCUACAUUGACUGGAUUGCCAAGAUCCAGAGUGCUUACUACAUUCUCAACUAAGACGAGAGAUAUAGUUGGUUGUUUGCUUCAAUUCAAUAAACAUGCUUGAUUCCAGUUGAGCUCAGUUUAAAUAAAUAUACGAU